ACAAUGAGAACAGCUUGAAAGACCUCAACUCUAUUUUGAUCAAUCAGGAUCAUCAUGUCAAUCAACAGCGACAUAUUUGCUUUGGAGUUUGGUCUGGAGCUAGCUAGCUCGACUCCUUCUCCGAGAGCUAGAAGUCAAAAGCUGGACCAAACAAUGAUUUGUGAUUUCGGCCAGCGCCUUAUUGCAAUAGUUGUCGAGCUUUAGGGUCUGAACUUCUGAUCCCCAAUGAUCAGAAGAAGCAUGUUCACCAUCAUGGCGUAGAGAUUUUGUGUGGAAGGAGAUUGAUAACUGUGGCGUCCAUGUAGUAGUAAUGCGCUCCUUCAUCACACCCCUGUGUCAUGGGUACGAUGUGAAAUUUUCUCCGUUCGCUCGCGACUUAUUGGCUUGUGUCGGAGGCCAGCACUAUGGAAUCAGCGGUCAAGGUAGCCUGUUCGUGCUUCAGCUGACCGAUGAAGGGUUGAAACUGUUCAAUCGAGGAGAAUGGUGCGACACUCUCUUCAGCAUAGCCUGGAGUGAGAAUAAUGAAAGGCUGUUAGUCUGUGGCUCCGGAGACGGUUCUAUUCAGCUAUGGGACACGGCCGUUGGUGCUGCCAAUCCCGACGUCGCCAUGGUUCCACACCUUACGUUGAAGGAGCAUAGCCUGGAAGUCAGCGAUGUCUGCUGGGCUUGCCCGCGCGGCGGCCCUCAGCAGCUUCUCUCCGCCUCCUGGGACAGCUCUGUCAAGCUGUGGGACGUUGAGGCAGCCAAGGGCUCACUGCGCACCUUCCGAAGCCACGCAGGACCGAUCUACUGCGCCAAGUGGUGCCCGCAUGCUCCUGGUCUCUUUGCGUCUGUUGCAGCUGAUGGGACUGCAGCUCUCUGUGACGUACGGUCAGCGGCAACGGGCGUACAGAACGUCUUCCCAUGCCACCAGGCCGAGGCGCUGAGCUUUGACUGGAAUAAGUAUGCGCCUCACUUGCUGGCGACCGCCUCGGUGGACGGCUCUGUGCGCGGCUGGGACACGCGGCACCCGGCUCAGCCAGUGUUCGUGCUGCAGGGGCACGCGAUGGCCGUGCGGCGUGUGUGCUGCUCGCCGCACGCUGGCGAUCGGUACGCGACGGCGUCGUACGACUGCACGGUACGUGCCUGGUCCAGCAGCGCCGCGUCUACUGCAGCGUCCGGUGGUGCCCUGGGCAUAGGCCACUCGUCGUGCUUGCAGCAGCUGCACCAUCAUACAGAAUUUGUUUACGGCCUGGACUGCUCACUGCAUGAGCCUGGCCUAGUAGCGGACUGUAGUUGGGACUCCACCAUCAAGGUCUAUCAUCUGCCAGCACUUGUUGCAACAUAGCUAUCAUAACCUAUCAUCAUUCUAUGAUAUUUUUACUUGAUUUUGUAUUUGUUCCUUUUUUAACCAUUCCUUUGUUUAUUUUUUCAAACAAAAAGUUGAGAUUUAUUCUGUUCGGCAAGUCCCUGGACAACACAAUUUCCCAAUCCAUUUGCAUCA